UCCCCUCCCCCACCACUGCGGGCCCCACCUUAAAGCGGCGCGACCCGGGGCGCUGGUGGGCUGCUGGCCGUUGAUUUUUUUGCGUUGCUAUUUAACGAACGCGAUAUUAACAAACACAUUAAAAACCGUCUUAUUUAAACGUAAACUCACGCACUAAUUUUUUUUAAAAAAAUAUAUAUAUAAUAAGUAACGAGCGAACUUCGCUCGUUUUUUUUUGCUUCGGUUAAAGGCGGGCGCCGCUGUUUUAACACCUGUUUUUUUGUUUGUUUAUAAACAAUAUAUUUUUUUUAAAGACAAAUAAAAUUCAAUAUAAUACAAAUACAAUUAUAAUUAUUAUUAUUUUACCUCAGGCGAAUCUCUGCGGCAUCUGAGGAGGGCGGUCCGGGUGUCGAACCUGGGCACUGAAGAUGGCGAGCGAAAUGCAGGAGAUCCAGAUCACCGAGGCCAAGCCUCUGCUGCUGGAGAAGGAUGCUGCCGGGGGUCCAGAGGUGACUGGACAGCCGUUUCAAGACAUCAAUUGCCAGGAGCACGAUGUGGAGACUGCGUAUGGCGUUCUGCACGUGACGGUGCGCGGUUCGCCCAAGGCGAACAAACCAGUCAUCCUCACCUACCACGACAUGGGCCUGAACCACAAGUCGUGCUUCAACACGCUCUUCAACUAUGAGGACAUGCAAGAGAUCUCCAAGCACUUCGCCAUCUACCACAUCGACGCGCCAGGGCAGCAGGAAGGAGCUGCCCAGUUCCCCAACGGGUACCAGUAUCCAAGCAUGGACCAGCUGGCCGAGAUGCUACCCUCGAUUGCCACGCACUUCAGUCUGCGCAGCAUCAUCGGCAUCGGCGUUGGCGCCGGUGCCAACAUCCUGGCUCGCUUCGCGCUCCAGCACCCGGAGCUGCUGGAGGGCCUGGUUCUCAUCAACAUUGACCCCUGCGCCAAGGGCUGGAUCGACUGGGCCACAGCCAAGCUGUCCGAGUUCACCAGCACGCUGUCCGACAUCCUCAUGUCUCACCACUUCAGCCAGGAGGAGCUCCUGAACAAUCAUGACCUGAUUGAGACCUACCGCCAGCACAUGGCCCAGGACAUCAAUCAGUACAACCUGUCGCUGUUCCUGCACGCCUAUGACAGUCGCAGGGACCUGGAGGUGUACCGGCCCGUCCAGGGAGCAGUGGGCACUUCCGUCAAGACCAUCACCUGCCCGGUGAUGCUGGUGGUGGGUGACACCUCCCCUGCUGUGGACGCCGUGGUGGAGUGCAACUCCCGGUUAGACCCAACCAACACCUCGCUGCUGAAGAUGGCCGACUGUGGGGGCCUUCCCCAGGUGGUGCAGCCCGGCAAACUCACGGAAGCGUUCAAGUAUUUCCUGCAGGGCAUGGGAUACAUUCCCUAUGUGGUGGACAGACGGAUGAGUGCCGGUGCAGUGCCAUCUCUGAGCAUGACUCGGCUCGCCCGCUCCCGCACCGCGUCCAACUCCAGCGUGAGCUCCGCCGACGGCGGCGGCGGCGGCGGCGGCGGCGCUUCGACCGGGCGUCAGCGCGGCCACGCUCGCUCCCAGUCGGAGGGCAGCGACUCCAGCUCACCGGCACAGCAGCCGAGCUCCGGCGCCGCCGAUAACCACGACAGCCACAACCACCAGCACGAGAGGGCGGCGGGAGGCGCCGCCGCCGCCGGAUCUCCGCCGUCCGGCGCCGGCCACACAAUGGAGGUGUCCUGCUAAGGAGGAGGCGGCGGCGGCCGCGCCGAGGGUGACGGUGGCGGCCGUCGUGGCGAUGUUGUGAGGGGCGUCGUCACCGGCGUCGUCACCGGCGUCA